UUAGUGCGUUUUAUUCUGCCUUUCCGUCUCGUUUCCACCGGAUGUGGAGACGGGGCGCGCGGACAGUCGCUUGACGCUCUUUGCCAAAACGACUUGUGCUUCUCCGCUUUUCGCAGAACAUUCGAGAGGUCUCUGGCUCUUGGGACUCGGCUCCUCUGUGUCCACUUCGGCACCGUUUGCACCACUUUGGCACCGUUUUGACGCUGAGGGUGUUGAACUGUGCAUCUUUACAUCGCGACAAUACUCUUCUUUAACAAGACUCUUUGCUGUAAUCGAUACGAGGCCAGCAUCCAGCCAGCGACAUCGUUCACUGCGGUUCUUGGACGACUAGUGUUGGGUUUAUGUCUUUGUUGUGCGAAAACGAGCUGUUGCGCAGCCGUUGGAUCCUGUGUGGUGGAACCGUUGCCUUGAAGCCCUCAGCUCUCGGCCACAGCGGCACAGCGUUUUUCAUGUCAGAGACCGAGCUCGCUUGUACUCGUUUAUGUCAUCCCCUCUUUUCCAGACAGAAGAUCCCGAAAAGUCCCCAAAGAUCCUCUUAUCUCACUGAUAGUGCUCACAGCAUCCAUCCAACAUGGCUGUCAACGUCAACCGCAGCGUGUCAGACCAGUUCUAUCGCUACAAAAUGCCCCGUCUGAUCGCUAAGGUGGAAGGCAAAGGGAAUGGAAUCAAGACGGUCAUUGUCAACAUGGUGGAUGUUGCCAAGGCUCUGAACAGGCCUCCGACAUACCCAACCAAGUUUUUUGGUUGUGAACUGGGCGCUCAGACCCAGUUCGAUUCCAAAAACGACCGCUACAUCGUCAACGGCUCCCACGAGGCCAAUAAGCUGCAGGACAUGCUCGACGGGUUCAUACGGAAAUUUGUGCUGUGCUCCGAGUGCGACAACCCCGAAACUGAUCUGCAUGUCAACCCCAAGAAACAAACCAUCGGCUCUUCGUGUAAGGCCUGUGGGUACCGCGGCAUGCUCGACACCAGACACAAACUCUGCACUUUCAUCCUCAAAAACCCACCAGAGGCAACAGAGAGUGGGUCAGCUUCAGUCAAGAAAGAAAAGGAGAAGAAGAACCGGAAGAAGGACAAAGAAAACGGCUCUGGAAGCGGAGAGGCCGGGAACAACGAGCACAUCGACGCUCCGGACGCAGUGGAUGGAGACGAUGAUGAUGAGGACUGGGCGGAGGAGACUACAGAGGAGGCACAGAGACGCAGGAUGGAGGAGAUCAGUGACCACGCCAAAGUCCUGACCCUCAGCGACGACCUGGAGAAACCUCUGGAGGAGAGGGUCAACUUGUUCUAUAACUUUGUCAAGCAUAAGAAGGAGACCGGUACGAUCGACGCGGCGGAUAAGGAGAUUCUGGCUGAAGCGGAGCGUUUGGACGUGAAGGCCAUGGGACCCCUGAUUCUCAGCGAGCUCCUGUUCGACGAAAACAUCAGAGAGCAGAUCAAGAAGUACAAACGCCACUUCCUCCGGUUCUGCCAUGAUAAUAAGAAAGCCCAGAAGUACCUGUUAGGAGGUUUCGAGUGUGUGGUGAAGCUGCACCAAGUUCAGCUUCUGUCCCGAGUCCCGAUCAUCCUCAAAGACCUGUACGACGCCGACCUGCUGGAGGAGGAUGUCAUCUUUGCCUGGGCUGAGAAGGUCUCCAAGAAGUAUGUCUCUAAGGAACUAGCCAAAGAGAUCCACGCUAAAGCGGCUCCGUUUGUGAAGUGGCUGAAGGAGGCAGAGGAGGAGAGUGAAGGCAGUGAGGAGGAAGAAGAGGAGGACGACGAGAACGUAGAGGUGGUGUACUCGUCCUCAGCCCGUGAGCUCAAAGUGGAGACUGUGAAAACUGUAACUCCAGAGAAAGAAGAGGACGAUAUUGACAUCGACGCCAUUUAAACGUCGCUUCUGUUUAAACCGCUCUGUAAAUGAAACCUUAUAUUAAAUGACUUCCCUCUCUCCUCUUCCUUUAACUCGCCCAUUUACCCAUAACCCCCCUCUCUCUUCCUCUCCUUUCUCCAGAAUCCUCCUCUCCGCUCGUGGCAUGACCUAACGUUAGUGCUUUACCUGCUGCUCACUGAUGCUGUGUUCAGAUUUAUUGAUGAAAAUGAGUUUGAUAAAUUGACGUAUUGGGGUUUUAAUCGUGGGCGUGUUUUUGGGAGAUAAUUUGAAAAUGCACAUUGUUUUUUUGUUUUCUUUUUGCUUUUUUUGUCCCUAUAUUUUUCCAGUACAAUAAAAGAUGAAUGUUUUGCUAUCCA